AUGGAGAUUGGGUUUUUAGGUUUGGGGAUAAUGGGCAAAGCUAUGUCAAUUAACCUUCUACACCAUGGCUUCAAAGUCACUGUUUGGAACAGAACCCUCUCCAAGUGUGAUGAACUUGUGGAGCAUGGUGCUACAGUUGGAGAAACACCUGCUGCUGUUGUUAAGAAAUGCAAGUAUACAAUAGCAAUGUUAUCUGAUCCUUCAGCUGCUUUGUCUGUUGUGUUUGAUAAGGAUGGUGUUCUUGAGCAAAUUAACGGAAAAGGUUAUAUUGACAUGUCCACAAUUGAUGCCCAGACAUCUAUUAAGAUAUCUGAUGCAAUCAAAGCAAAAGGUGGUGAUUUCCUUGAAGCUCCUGUUUCGGGUGGCAAGACGCAUGCAGAAGAUGGUCAACUAGUAAUAAUUGCUGCUGGCCACAAGGCAUUAUAUGAGGAAGCACUUCCAGCAUUUGAUGUACUCGGGAAGAAAUCUUUCUUUCUCGGUGCGGUUGGAGAUGGUGCGAAAAUGAAACUUGCAGUCAACGCGGUAAUGGGAAGUAUGAUGAAUGCUUUCUCUGAGGGACUGAGACUUGUUGAAAGAAGUGGUUUGAACCCUGGUACACUUCUUGAUGUGCUGGAUCACGGUGCUAUGAGUAAUGGCUUGUUUAAAUCGAAAGGACCGACAAUGCUCAAGAACAGUUACAACCCAGGUUUUCCACUUAAACAUAUGCAGAAAGACAUGAGAUUGGCUCUUGCCCUUGGCGAUGAAAAUGCUGUACCCAUGCCUGUUGCAGCUGUAGCAAAUGAGGCAUUCGAGAAAGCCAAAAGCACGGGGUUAGGAGACCUUGAUUUUUCAGCUGUCAUCAAGACUUUGAAUUGA